UCGUCCCGCUCCGGCGGACUUUUUUUUUUCUCCCUCUUCUCUCAUACCAGACGAAGGGGCGGAAACGACACAUUUCGCUGUAGUCAAGCUAGCGGCUUUGUCUGUAUUUUGACAACAAAACCGACACAAACACCGACGUUGUUAGCGUGUAUUUAACGAGGCAAAGGUGUCGUUUUAUUUCAGUUCGGGUGGAGCUUUUAAAAGCAGUUAGUCAUCGAGAACCUGCUGGUCCCCAGGUCUACCUGAUGAGUAUGAGCCUGACUACAGAACCCCCUAACGAUGGUCCCACUGUUACAGAAGCGUCUACCCCGGCAGAGACCAAAAUGACCUCGCCUGAGCCGAAGAAGGAAAAGAAGCCAGAAGAUGUAGCAGAGGAAGAAGAGGAGGAGGAAGAAUACGUAGUGGAAAAGGUCCUGAAUCGGCGGGUUGUGAAAGGGAGAGUAGAGUACCUUCUCAAGUGGAAAGGCUUCUCUGAUGAAGAUAACACGUGGGAGCCAGAGGACAACUUGGACUGUCCGGACUUGAUUGCAGAAUUUCUGCAGUCCCAGAAAUCAGCACAGGAGGGAAAGAGGAAGGCGGCCGGAGAAGCAGAAGGAGAUGACAGUAAAUCAAAGAAGAAGAAAGACGAAACAGAGAAGCUUAGAGGCUUCGCUCGAGGUCUGGAUCCAGAAAGGAUUAUCGGCGCCACAGAUUCGACGGGAGAACUCAUGUUCCUCAUGAAAUGGAAAAAUUCUGACGAGGCUGACCUGGUGCCGGCGAAGGAGGCCAACGUCAAGUGUCCGCAGGUGGUCAUCUCGUUCUAUGAGGAGCGACUUACUUGGCACUCGUACCCGACUGAGGAUGAGAAAAAGGAUGACAAAAACUAACACAGGGCAAAGGAAAAGAGAGGAAAAAAAACUGUAGUUUUGAACUUCAUUGUACUUUGGACAGAGGGGUCUUGGGGGGGGGGGGGAGGCGAGGGUGAUGAUGAGGGCAGAGACAAGCAAGACGCCAUCGGACUCAUUCGUCUUUUAGUGUAGUGUCACUUCAUUUGAUUCUGCUUUUAUCUGGAUAUAAUCUAAAUGUAUAUAUACGCUUCAGGUUUGCCUAACGAGACACAGCCCAACAGAAACGUCAGUGUUACAUUUUCAGUCAUGUCUUAAAGGUGCAGUACGUAGAAUUUAGCGGCGUCUAGCGGAGUGGACUCGGCAGAAACGGAGUAUUAUAAAUAUGUUUUAAUUAGUGUAUAAUCACCUGAAAAUAAGAAUGACUGUGUUUUUGUUAUCUUAGAACGAGCCC